AUGCUUGAUUCCCGUCGUGUCCCAGUGGUGACGGUCAAAGCCCCGCUCGCCCAGUCAAUUAUCAUGGCCGGUGGCUUUUCAGGAGGGACGAUUCCGCCCUCAGUCCAGACGGCAAAACAGGCCGUCUGGUCCGAUGCCCGGCGCCACUGGCUUCAACACGAGGAGUUCAUAGCACUACCGUCGCAGCUUGGGCCGCUUUAG